AUGCAUCGUAAAACAAAUCUACGAAGAUAUCGUUUCCUGAUCACGUAUCUGCUAAUAUGUUCCUGGUGGUGUUAUUGUUGUUGUGUCAACAGUUUGCCAGCCAAAGCCUCAGCGCCAAAGGAUUCAUCCUCACUGCUAUUGGCGGCGGCCGAUUCUGCCGAAGAGGAUGAUGUUUUUAGUAAAUUUGAAGAUAUCAGUGAUGAACUGAUGGUGGAUGGUGGUGAAGAGCAUGAUAUGUUGAGGGGCAGCAGCAGCAGCAGUGGGAAGGGUGGAGGAGGAUCCCAUUGGAAUAAAUUGGUAGAUGUUGAUGCCUCAUAUCCUGAUAGUGCAGAUGUUUUUAGCCAAGGCAAGGCGGCUUUGGCUCCAGUGUUUCACGAGGAGUCGCUGGCUGGGGGUUUGGGACAUUCCGGAGAGGCUUCUUCGGCCUCCGGUUCCUCCUCGGCAAGUAAUGUCAAUAAAAGUGUCAUAGCUGCUGGUACCCUGGAUGAAUUUGUCACUGGCAAAUUGGGAGCCUCAGAGACCGGGGUGACGUUGCCCUAUUUCCUAACUGAACCGGAAAGCGUUUAUGUUGUUAAAAAUCGUCCAGCCAUAUUAAAAUGCAAAGCAGCACAUGCCCUGCAGCUGCAUUUUAAAUGUAGCGGCAGUUCACAACCCCCGCCCUCAACACACGACAAACACGUGGAUCCGCAUACGGGGGUGCAUUUGGAGGAAGUGACUGCAACCAUACACCGUGACCUGGUGGAUGAAUACUUCGGCAAGGGCCCAUUCAAAUGCGAAUGCCAUGCCUGGUCGUCGAGGGGUGUUGUGAAAAGUCAAGCGGCCACCGUGAAUAUUGCAUAUAUGCGCAAACAAUUUGUCACCUCACCCACAUCAUUGCGUGUGGAGGUUGGCACUCGUGCCGAAUUGUAUUGUGAACCACCCAGCGGUUUUCCCGAACCCAAUGUCAGUUGGUACAAGAAUAAUCUACCCAUAACGGAGAACAAGGACAUUGGUCCGACGGUGUCGGCCACGGGGACAUUGGCCUUUCGUCAGGUUACAUUGCAGGACAUGGCCAACUAUACCUGUGUAGCGGAAAAUAUUGCCGGUAAGCGUAAUUCCGAUUCGGCGGUUCUCAUUGUUUAUGUUAAUGGCGGUUGGAGUUCCUGGAGUUCGUGGCGUGACUGCAAAUGUCCCGGUAAGCCGGCCCAGGGUCGCAAACGUACUCGCAUGUGCAAUAAUCCGAUACCCAUGAAUGGUGGAGCCGAAUGUUCGGGGCCGACAAUACAAAAAUCCGCUGAUUGUCUACCCUGUCCCGAUGAGACACAAAUUGUCAAUACCGAAGGUUUUGAUGUGGCACCAGCCGUGAAGAGAG